AUGUUCAUCGGAAGCCUUUCCCGACGGCGACGGCCACGACUGCCAGCGCCGGACCCAGCCCGACGAGCACCAUCAUUCCACUCUCGCCCGGCACUCAAGAGCUCGGCGCCGGAGCCGAAGGCCGGAACCAAGCUGCAGUCGCUGCUCAACCUCGGCCACAUCCUCUACGACCCCAUCCGGAUCCCGCGCCAUCCGAUCGUCCUUUGCCAUGGCCUGUACGGAUUCGCCGUCCGAGGACCGAGCUCGUUCCCGAGGUUCCAGAUCCACUAUUGGGGCAAACUCUUGGAGAUCCUCCGGAGCCGACUGGGCGCCAGAGUGAUCAUCGGCAAGGUGCCCCCGACCGGGACGAUCGAGGAACGGGCCACCCAUCUCGACACACUCUUGCAGGCCGAGUCGGGUCCCAAGCAUCCCCAGUAUAACUUCAUCGCCCAUUCCAUGGGCGGCCUCGAUGCCAGAUAUCUGAUCACCCAUCUCCAGCCGCAAACGUAUACCCCGAUCAGCCUGACUACCAUCUGCACGCCUCAUCGUGGCUCGCCCUUUAUGGAUUGGUGUCGGGCAAAUAUCGGCGUAGGAUUGAGCGCAUCGGAGGACAGCCGCAAGCCGAUCCCGUUCUCGCUGAAGGAGCCCUUACUACGACCGACGCCGGAGCAGCUCGGAUAUCUGCCGAACAAUCUGCUCAAGGUUUUGCUUUUGAACCUGCUCGAUUCGCCGGCGUACUCGAACCUGAGCACGGACUAUCUGGAGAAGCAGUUCAAUCCGCGGACGCCGGACCGUGCAGAUGUGAAGUACUUCAGCAUCGCGGCGAAGACGGCCAAGAGCGGCCUGAGUCUCAUCCAUCCGCUCUGGCUGCCCGGUCUCCUGAUGGACAGAUUGGGCGCGCCCGAGCAGGGCGGACACGACGGAUUAGUGACCGUCGAUAGUGCCCGAUGGGGCGAGUUCUUGGGCGUGCUCGAGGGGACCGACCAUUGGGAAAUCAGGGGAAGCUCCGCCUUCGGCUCUGAGAUACACGAACCUGCUGACGACUUACUCAACCAACAUGCCAAGUCGAACUGGCUCGAACUCAACCGAUACAUCGGCUCUUGGCUCUCCUCCAAUUCUCCUAAACAGCCCUCCUCUCACCAUGAUCAUCCAUCUCAUCAGUCCACAUCAUCUAAAAGCUCAUCCAAUCAGUCCGAUCUGCAUCGGAUCACCGAUCAACAGAGUCUUUCCACCCGACUCUUGGCCGACUGGAUCGCCAAAAAACUCCCCCUCAAUCUCUACCCAUCCCAAAACACCUCGACCACCCCUGCCACUUCUUCUUCUUCUUCUUCUUCUUCUAGUACGGCUACCUCUGCUUCUCAUUCUUCUUCUCCUUCCCACUUUUUGAGUAGCCAUUCGAAAUCCAAGUAUCCGUUCAAGAAUCCUACCCGGACCGUCCACCCCCAAUUCCCUCUCGACGAUCUCGACGUCAAUCUCAAUAACAGCAAUCAGACCAGUAAGGGAUUCGAUCUCGAGAAAUUCUAUUUGGCUGUUUGUAGAAACCUAUAUGAUAAUGGACUUUAA